CAGCAUUGGGAUCUUGACUCACUUCCUGAACAUGGUUGACCUUCAUUCCUGCACUGACCGCGCUCACCACUCAUACACUCAGCAUGGCCGACGCAGCACCACCAGCCGCGGACGGCGAGCCUAAGAUAUCCAAGCGCGCCGCGGAGAAAGAAGCGAAGAAAGCAGCAGCAAAAGCCGCCAAAGCUGCCUCGAAAUCUGCCCCUCAGCCAGCAUCAGGAAAUGCUGCCUCGAGCAAAGCCACGCCAGCAGAAGCUGUAGACCCUUUCAAAACAGGAUGGCUCAAGGGUGUCUACAACGAGAAGCCUGUGCCGCCCAACGAAGUCCAGACACGAUUCCCACCUGAGCCUAAUGGCUACUUGCACAUCGGCCACGCCAAAGCCAUCACUGUCAAUUUUGGUUUCGCAAAGUCAUAUGGCGGCAAAUGUAACCUUCGAUUCGAUGACACCAACCCUGCGAAAGAGGAAGAGCAGUUCUUCACCAGUAUCAAGGACAUGGUGCAGUGGCUGGGCUUCGAGCCGGCCAGAAUCACACAUUCGAGCGAUGACUUUGACAGACUCUACAACUUGGCCGAAGAGUUGAUUCGACGUGGCAAGGCAUAUGUAUGCUUCUGUUCUGCAGCUGCUAUCCAGGCUGGACGAGGUGGAAAGGACCACGGACCACGUUCAGUGUGCGAACACUGGAGCAAGGGCGUUGAGCAGAAUUUGGAAGAGUUCCGAGGGAUGCGAGACGGGAAAUACGAAGCUGGACAGGCGUUGCUGAGGAUGAAGCAGUAUCUCGGUACGAAGUCUGAGGAAUAUGAAGCGGCAGAAGGUGAUAGUGCAGAGGUCAAAAAGGAAAAGGAUAAGCUGAGGAAACUGGCAAACAACCCGGCUCUUUGGGAUGUGGCAGCAUAUCGCAUCAAGAAGGAGAACUAUCACCAUCGGACAGGCAACAAAUGGCGAAUUUACCCGACCUAUGAAUUCACGCAUUGCCUGUGUGAUUCCUUCGAGGGCAUCACCCACAGUCUGUGCACUGUGGAAUUCGAGACACUGCGGCCCGCGUACGACUGGCUAUGCGAGGCUCUGGACUUCAAACUACCCGGGUCGGAUGAGAAGGGUCCGAUGCAACGCGAAUAUGGUCGACUGAAUGUAGAAGGCACGAUCCUGUCGAAGCGGAGGAUCGCGAUGCUUGUCAAUGGCACCACUGUCGGCGGCGAUGCACCUGAUCCGGUCGAUGAAGCAGCAGAUGGCGUGGACGAGAUCAAACUGGAAGAGGAGGGUGACGAAGAGCCGGAGACAACGGCAGAGGUCAGCAAAGUGGUGACGGCUGGCACUGGUCGCAAGAUCCCGCCUGUUGUACGUGACUGGAAUGACCCUCGCUUAUUCACACUCGUGGCUCUCCGUCGGCGUGGCGUGCCGCCAGGCGCUCUGAAGAAAUUCGUCUUCGAUCUCGGCGUCACGAAAAGCAACGCAAAUACCAUGACACAUGUUCUCGAUGCCACAAUGCGGACGUACCUGGAGCGAACAGUUCCUCGUCUUAUGCUUGUUCUCGACCCAAUCAAAGUCACCUUCACGAAUUUACCAGAUGACUACGUUGAGGAGCGAGUGGUUCCGUUCGAUCCAAAGGACAAAGAGAAGGGCGAUCACAAAGUUCCCUUCACCAAGACCAUAUACAUCGACCGAGAUGAUUUCCGUGAAGUGGACGACCAAGACUUUUUCCGCCUGUCGCCUGGUCAGAGCGUCGGCCUGCUCAACGCCGAGUUCCCCAUCAAGGUCGUCUCUUUCUCGAAGAACGCAGAAGGCAAGGUGGAUGAGAUCAAAGCAGAAUACGGCAAAGAUGUACCAGCAGGCAAAGCGCGUAUCCACUGGGUUGGCGAAUCCAAAGCACAUAACUCACCCAUCAAAGCCGAAUGCCGCAUCUUCAACGCACUAUUCAAGACCACGAAACCGAACGAGCUUGACUGGAAGAACGGCGGGUACUACGACGACGUCAACCCUGAAUCAGAGGUGAUUUACAAGAAUGCUCUGGUCGAAGUUGGGUUUAGAGAAAUCCAGCAAAGAGCCCCUUGGCCCAAGACGGAUGGCGAGACGAGCGGAAAUGCAGAUAAAUCUUCUGUGAGAUUUCAAGGCCUGAGGACCGCGUUCUUUGCCGAGGAUCAGGAUUCGACACCGGAGCAUGUUGUGCUCAACCGGAUCGUGAGUUUGAAGGAGGACACCGCGAAGAAAGAUGUCGGUGCUGGGGUCAAGAAGGAGGUGAAGAAGGAUGCGAAGAAGUAGGCAUUUUAAUUUCGUUUCCCAGAAGAGUGUGUUGUGCUGUUAGCGAGGAGUUGGGUGUGCAAUGGCGCUGCAAGAGACAGAUGAUGGUGAUGAUGAAUGCGAUGUUCGGCCUAGUGGCUAUGUACGAGUAUCAAGUAUCCGCAAACCACAUGCCUCUUGCAACAGUACUUCUGCUGUUGAAAGGACCAG